AUGGAGGAUUCCAGCGAUAUUCGAGACCGUUACGAUAUAGUCAAGCAGAAGACCAAGGUCGGUUGCCGCCUUGACAGCUUCCCACCCCUACACCAAGAAAACCGAAAUCAUUCCGGACUUGACUGCCUCAUCGUGGUUCUCCGCCGGAUUUACAGCUGCAACCUUCUGGAACCCGGUGACAUGGAAGAGGCCAUGGCCAAAUGGUUACGCGGGGCCGAGAACCAGAACCCUAUCGUGCACCACGCUUGGCAUCUUUUUGGCAAUCAGCCAAAUGAGAUGGAGAGAACAAACGCGGACAGACGCCGUAUCACCGAAGCUCUCAGUCGUCUUGGAGUCAAUUCAACAUGGUCAUUCCGAAGUAUCUGCGAUUCGACGUUAAUGAACGAGACCUUUUGGUCACAAGAUGUUUUCCGCCUCACCCAUCCUCCUCAAAGCGCAAUAACUGGUGCAUUGAUCGAGCUCUCGCCAGACGAAAUUGCGCGGAUGAGCAUCGUCGAGCUUGACCUUUGCAAGUAUCCCGACACUUAUCUUCAGGAGGUCGUCGACAACUCCUUUGGCAGACUCGUUCGACGCGGUGAAGAAAUGAUGCUACGACCCAAUGAGCCUUGGAUCGUCCGUGUCCUCUACCAUGCGUCUGGUAACGAUGGGCUUCCUAAUAUCCACGACCUCAAGUACCUCACGUUGCCCAUCUGGAAAAAGCGUUUGGGCACGCCUAACCUCCAGUUUCAAGUCGAUGGCGAAAACGCCUACUAUCUGAUGGCUGUUGUCCGUUUAAGAAGCGACGUCCCUACAGACAUGGUCCGGACGUACAAUCCCACCGGAUCCAACCAUCUUCCCAGCUACAAAACGAGAGAGAUCAUGUCCGAUGACUGGUCAGUUGAAGAUGGAAAACAGACAUACAUGUUGUUCUUCUGUAAUGUGGCUGCGAACUUGGGCCAGGGGCUGCCAGAUACACACCUGUACUCUGAAGUAGCUAAACGCGAACCGGUGGAUGAAUGGUGGCUGCAGAGCUUUAGGGAAGUGAUGGAGGAGGCGACAGCCAUGCUCGAAUACACUGUACCGAAGCCCGACGAGCCUGUCGUCAAUCAACCAGCGUCUCGGGAUUCAUCCCUUGUGGCCAAACGACCACAUGACACGGUCGAGCCUGAUGAGCGCACUGAGACUCAACAUCCCAAGCGAACGUGUGAGGAUCUCAAGGACAGUGUUGGCAGUAGUAACACCAUCGAUGAUGAUUCCUGGUGGGAAAACCAUGUGAACAACGAAAGUCACCAACUGGACAAGAUGGAUACAGAAGGAGACGUUCUCAUGGGUGGUAUGGAACAGGAGACUAAUGUUGGAAAGAGGUGGAAGAAAAGUAACCGAGUCGAGAAGAACAGAGGACGGGAUAAGAAGGAAGAGAUGCGAAGAUUGAGGAAAAUGGGGGGUGCGAGCAAAGACUUGAUUAUCCAUUUCCAGCGUUUUGAAUCGGAUCCAGCCAGGUCUGAUUCUAUGUAG